CAUUAACGUAGAAUAUAGAAAUCACCAGAAGAAGAAAAAAAAUAGAGUGAGAAAUGGCGACGGCAAUCUCCAAAUGGAUCGUUGACCCGAAGCGCAACCCGCUCGCUGCAUACCACAUGAAAACCCUAUCCGGUCGACUCAGCAAAUACGGGCUUAGGUACGACGAUUUGUACGAUCCGAUGUACGAGCUGGAUGUGAAGGAGGCGAUGAAUCGGCUGCCGAGGGAGAUUGUGGAUGCGAGGAAUCAGCGGCUCAAGCGCGCCAUGGAUCUCUCCAUGAAGCAUCAGUACCUUCCAGAUGAUCUUCAGCGUAUGCAAACACCAUUUAGGAGCUACCUCCAGGAAAUGCUAGCUUUUGUUAAGAGAGAGCAAGCUGAGCGUGAAGCGCUUGGUGCUUUACCACUUUAUCAACGCACCUUUCCUUAAGCGGAUUGAUUUAUGUGUCGGGGCGGCCUAUUAUUGAACAUACAUCUCAUAUGGAAGCUUUCCACCAAUUGAUAUCUGGGAUUUGAAUUAUGUCAUCUCAGAAGCCUUUUCAUUCCACCAUUCAUCUACAUGCACUAAUAUGGAUGGUGCGAUUGUGCGUUUUGUCUCAACGAAUUAUAUCAAAUUCCCGGUAGUACUUAACCUUGUCUAGCAUGCGAAAAACAUCUGUAUACAAUGCUAGAUAUAAUAUUUACGACGAGUAAAGUUAUAUGUCUUCAAGUUCCAAACCAAUUAUUUCAAUUUUUGGCUUAAUUGUAUCCUAAUAAAAAAAUUACAAACUCCUCGGACAAACUUAUCUGUAUUCAGAAACUUACUGCUCUUAGUUAUUUGCUUUUAG